CUCCGGAAGAUCAGGGUCCGGGCUCUCCCAGCAUCCUUUGCUUUCCGGCUAUGCUCAGUCCUGUCCGGCCAGUCCCGCCUUGCGCGCCCAUUUCGAGCCCGAGUUUCAAGCUCGGCUUUGCAGGCUCGAGAACCCGGAACAGAUUUUCCAGGACUGGGUUCUUGGGCAGUGGCUAUGGGGGCAGGAAUGGCGCAGCUCGAGGGUUACUACUUCUCGGCUGCCCUGAGCUGUACCUUUUUAGUGUCCUGUCUCCUCUUCUCCGCCUUCAGCCGGGCGCUGCGAGAGCCCUACAUGGACGAGAUCUUCCACCUGCCGCAGGCGCAGCGCUACUGUGAGGGCCAUUUCUCCCUCUCGCAGUGGGAUCCCAUGAUUACUACAUUACCUGGCUUAUACCUGCUGUCAGUUGGAGUGGUCAAACCUGCCAGUUGGAUCUUUGGAUGGUCUGAACAUGUUGUGUGCUCCAUUGGAAUGCUCAGAUUUGUUAAUCUUCUCUUCAGUGUAGGCAACUUCUAUUUACUAUAUUUGCUUUUCCGCAAGGUACAACCCAGACACAAGGCUGCCUCAAGUAUCCAGAGAAUCUUGUCAACAUUAACAUUAGCAGUAUUUCCCACACUCUAUUUUUUUAACUUCCUUUAUUAUACAGAAGCAGGAUCCAUGUUUUUUACUCUUUUUGCCUAUUUGAUGUGUCUUUAUGGAAAUCAUAAAACUUCAGCUUUGCUUGGAUUUUGUGGCUUCAUGUUUCGUCAAACUAAUAUCAUCUGGGCUGUCUUCUGCGCAGGAAAUGUCAUUGCACAAAAAUUAACAGAAGCUUGGAAAACUGAGCUACAAAAGAAGAAGGAAGAGAGGCUUCCCCCUAUUAAAGGACCAUUUUCAGAAUUCAGGAAAAUUCUUCAGUUUCUUUUGGCUUAUUCCAUGUCCUUUAAGAACUUGAGUGUGCUUUUCCUUUUGACUUGGCCGUACAUCCUUCUGGUGUUUCUGUUUUGUGUUUUUGUAGUUGUUAAUGGUGGAAUUGUUAUUGGCGAUCGAAGUAGUCAUGAAGCCUGUCUACAUUUUCCUCAACUCUUCUACUUUUUCUCUUUUACUCUGUUUUUUUCCUUUCCUCACCUAUUGUCUCCUGGCAAAAUUAGAGCUUUUCUUUCCUUAGUUUGGAAACGUAGAAUUCAGUUUUUUAUGAUCACCUUAGUCUCUCUGUUUUUAGUUUGGAAAUUCACUUAUGCUCAUAAAUACUUGCUAGCAGAUAAUAGACAUUAUACAUUCUAUGUAUGGAAAAGAGUUUUUCAAAGAUAUGAAAUUAUGAAAUACUUGUUAGUUCCAGUAUAUAUAUUUGCUGGUUGGAGUAUAGCUGACUCCUUGAAAUCUAAGUCAAUUUUCUGGAAUUUAAUGUUUUUCAUAUGCUUGUUUACUGUUACAGUACCUCAGAAACUGCUAGAAUUUCGUUAUUUCAUUUUACCUUAUGUUAUUUAUAGGCUUAACAUACCUCUACCACCUAUAUCUAGACUUGUUUGUGAACUGGGCUGCUAUGCAGUUGUUAAUUUCCUAACUUUUUAUGUCUUCCUGAACAAGACUUUUCAGUGGCCAGAUAGUCAGGACAUUCAGAGAUUUAUGUGGUAAUGUCAGAGAUAUCUUGAGUUCUAAAAAUAGACUUAUAUAGACUAUCUCCACAAUGAACAAUUGAAGAGGUAAAAAUUACGGACUUUGUUUCAGGCACAGUGGUGAUCCACAGAUCACAUCAGAUUUUUUGUGUUUUAAACAUACAUAAUAAAUCCAAGGAACUGAUAAAGAACUGAGAAAAGUUUAAGACUUGCUCCAUAAGCCUGAAUAGUGGAAAAUGAAAUUGUUUACAGUUAUUUCAUGAUAUCUUUUUGAUACUGCUGACCACUCAAAAAGCUUGAAAACAUUUUACAGGUACAAGUUUAAGAAAACUGAGCUUUGUAGUACUGAAACUUAUUUAUGAAUUCUCUUCAGAAAGCAAUAGCAGACAAGUAUUUGAAACAUAUUGACAAAUGAUCAGGUAAUGUUCUUGAUUAAAAUAUUUCAGUGAUUAUAAUUUGAAUCAUAAGGCAAAAUAGACUCAGUAAAUGUUAUAAAUUAGAGGCUCAUCUAUGUUUAUCUUGGAAUUAAGUUGUUAAUUUUUGUUAAAAAUCUAGAAAUGAUCAAGCCCUUUCACUAAUUCUUUUUUUAAAAAAAUAUAUUUAUUUAUUUAAGUAAUCUUCAUACCUGAUGUGGGGCUCAAACUCACGACCCCAAGAUCAAGUCACAUGCUCUACUGACUAUGCCAGCCAGGUGUCCCCCUUUCACUGAUUAUUAAUAUGAAAUAUAUGAUGGCCAAAGAUAAAUUGUGUUGAUGAUAAUACCUUUUAAAAGGGAUUUUCGUUCAGAGAUACAUUAGUGUAUUCAUUUCUUCUGGUUGCUGUAACAGAUAACCACAAACUUGGUAGCUAUAAAAAUAUCUAAUUUCUAAAAUUAAGGUGUGGCCAGGUUGAUUUUUUCUAGAGGCUCUGGGAGAGAAUCUGUUCCAUGCUUCUAGCUUUUGGUGACUGUCUGCAGUCUUUGAUUUACAGCUGUGUCACUCCAAUCUCUGCCUCUGUCUUCACAUGGUCCUCUCUCUCUUAUAAGGACAAUGUCAUUGGGUUAGGGUUUACCUUAAUCCAGGAUGGUCUUAUGCCAAGACCUUUAAUUAAAUCUACAAUGACCCUUUUUCAAAAGUAAGGGCACAUUUAUAGGUUCCGUGUAGACAUCUUUUUGUGGGAUACUUUUCACCCACUGAAGUUACCAAAGGAUAUUUUAGGAUAAACCUCAUAAAAUUUGUAGGAAAUAAUUUCUUUCUUUGCUGAGAUAUUUUAAAUAAAAUUACAUCCUCACUAAGAGCUGAUUCCAAGGUUACAGAAUUACAAAAGUAAGGGUAAUUUGGUAUUUGAUUCCAUUAUCCAAAAUAGAAGUGAAAGGAAGUUUAGAGAUCUAUUGAGCUAGUCUUAUUUUGUAGAUUAGGAAGCAACUGUUCAGAUAUGAAUUUUAUAUGAGUCUUUAAAUUCUGUGUUUACUGUUUCAUGUGAAUUCACUUGGUUGUCAUUCCUUUACAGAAAAGUAGUACUUGGACAUGUUUACUUUGACAUGCAAACUUAGAACUGUGAACAGAAUUUAUCUUUUAAUAUCAUUUUACAUUUGUAAACUUUUAAAUAACUGUGAACAAAUUACUUUAUCUUCAAUGUUAGAUUAUGGUUUCUCUGGGUUUUAAACAAUGGGUGGAAUUGGAAAAUAUUCUGCAUUUGCAAAUAUAAAAUUGUGUAGGUGAAAAUUACAGGUAUAGUCUUUAGUAAUAAGUAUAGGUCAGUCUUGUAUUCUGUUCAGUACUUAGAAAGUAUAUUGAUUCUCUAGUUGUAACAGUGAUUGUUGAGAGAUGUUUUUAACAACUCAUUUUUUUUUGAUAAUUAGAUAAGAAAACACGAAUUAUUAUCUUAUAAUGGAGAUCUGAGUUCCAGGAAGUCAAAAUAAACAACUUUCUUAUCUGAUACUAUUAAUGCAAGGCUUUUGUGACUCGGAAUAUUGUUGAGAUGAAAAAACUUCCCCUCUAACCCAGUCUGGCAACAUGAGGAAACCAUUCUACUCCAUAUUGGGGGAAUCACUGUUCCAGUUUAUUUAUACUGAUUUCUCUUUAACCGCUGGAGAAGCUAAAAUCAUGCAGACCAGGCAAGUCGCCCAAAGUCCACAUCGUCACUGAAGAACAUUGAUUGGCCUUACUCCCAAACCUGUGAGUUUUUAAUUGAUACUCUGCCUCACUGUGAAAGUUUUUCAUUAAGAGAAGUAAAAUAUGGAGAGCUGGUCAUCUGUCUUUACUGUGCAUUAACCAGAACAUUCAUGGCAUAUUAUUGUUUGUAUUGGAUUUUGUAUUGUAAUAGUCAUUUUUUAAAAUGCUAGCAGCUGUUUAAAAGAGCAUGAACAGAUAGUUAUGUUGUAAGAGAAAUGGCUAAAAGAUUAGAGACAAUGUUUAACUUGGAGAAUUAGAGAUUCUACAACUUGAUAGGCUUUCAUAAUUGAAGAAUAAUUAUUUGGAAGAAGGAUUGGACUAGUCUUCAUUCCCUGAAGUGUAUAUCAAGGGCCAACAGAUUUCAACUGAUAAAAAAAUGUACAUUUUCUGUUUAGUCUCCGUGGGGAAUGGAUCCAGAAAAAAGUAAGUUUCCCCUCUCGUUGGAGGCAAGAUUUCUAUUUAUCAGGAAUGCUUCAGAAGUGAUUGAGAUAGUAAGUAGAGUAAAAUGUUUUUAAGAUGCUUCAUAACCCGGUGAUUUGAAAUUCAUGUUUGUUACAACUGACCUUUUUUUCAUGAACUGAUAAGUCGUGGUGAAGUAUUUCUGGUGACUUGCAUGCUGUCUCUAAUAUAUUUUAAAUUUCUGAACAAAAAUUGUACUUCUAAUUCUGUUACCUUGUCUUAGAAAUAAAUUUGAGAUACACAAUUUAGUAGAGGUAUUUUUAUCUGUAAUGUUUAAGAGUACUGCUAAUAUAGUAUUAAAUUUGUUUUCUAUUUUUUUAAAUCCCCUUUACAUUCGUGAAGAGAAUGUGCUUCUAUUUGAAAAGGAUGUUCCUCUUAAUGAUAAAUAGGGCAAGCACUAUCUAUAAAAUGUUUUUAAAUGCAGUAUCCACUAGGUGGUGAUAUUGUACUACAUUUCUGAGUGUUCUAGUAAUUAAACUUUCUUAAUAGGCUGAAUUUACUUUUCUUAUAGUUUUAAGUUUUGAACUGCAAAGUAAUUUAUAGUUAUCCAUGUUUAUUUAUUAUGUUGUUCAGGAUAUUUUCUAAAUUCUGUGAAGAUAAAGUAAAUGUAAAAAACAAUCAUUUUUGUGUUUUGUAAUCCUGUAUUAAGUGAUUUAGUCUAACAUAUCUUCCUGUAUGACAUUUUUUACUUCAUAUGGCAUAGACAAGAUCUUUUCCCAUAUCAGUGAAGGAUGAUGGUGAAAAAUUUGGAAACUCCUCUAUUUCAUUGUAUUGGCCAGCGUUAUAAGUGCUUUACCCGCAUUAUUUAUGCCUCAUAACAACCCUGUGAGAUCAGUACUGUUUUUAAUAUCUCCAAUCUAUACAUGAAGAAACUGAGUGUAGGGAGAUUAAAUAUUUUUCCCAAGAUUGCAAAAUAACUGGCUGAGCAGGGAUUCACAUCUAGGCAGGGUGACUCCAGAAUCCACAUUAACUGCUAUCAACUGAUUGGGGGAAGGGAGAAGACAUGGAUUCUACCCUCAAAUUCAUAGCAUUUCAGAAAGAAAAAUAAACCUGAGGAGUGUAGUUAUACUCCCUGAUUUUAUAAGUCAGGAUUGUGAGGCCCCCACUAAUUUGGCUAUCCCAGAGGCACAUAAUCUUCCAUCUGCCAUAUUACCUUCCAUUUUCUGGAGGGAAAAAACAAACCAAAAAACCCUCAGGAUUGGAGUCUUAGCCAUAGUUACACUGAAAUAAAGACCUUUGUUUCAAUUAGAUAAUUCCAGCUACCAAAGGCAGGAGCAUAGUUGUUUGAAAAUUAUUACUUAGUUUCUCUGAAGAGACUUUUAUUUGGAAGCAAAUUGUUAGUCAAACAUGAUAUACUUUGGGAAUUUUAAAAAAAUUUUGACUGGAAAACUUAAUCUUUAAAAAAAUUUAUAAAUAUAUGUUGUAUAUAGAUGCUUUUAAGUUUUAUAUUUUGUUAGAUAACUGUUCUGUAAAAUUAUAUUGUGGUUUAUGUCAUUUAAAACUGAUUUUUAAGUAAAUCUAUUUCUAAGAAUAAAAUACUUCUGUUUUCCGUUUUAAAAAGUUUGUUCAGAUAUCAUGGUUUCACAUUGCUUGUAAAUAAAUUCAGUUUUAUAA